AUGCUGACGCUCGCCGCGCGCGGCGAUUUCCCGGACUCGUGGCCGCCGUCGCGGCCGUCGCACUGGCGCUCCGCGUCUACUGCUUGUUUGCUCCUGCGGGCGGCGGAUGAGCUGCACGCCACCGGGACAGUCCACGGCGACAUAAACCCCGGCAGCAUCCUCGUCGGCCCCGACGGCAACGGCGCGCUCAAGAUCCGCGGCUUCGGGUGCGCGUGGACGGUGAGGAGCGUCGGGAAGACGAUGCGCCCGGAGGAUCCCGUGGGCACAUUGCGGGACCGCUCGCCGGAGCAGCUGAUACGCAGCAGCGGGUGCUACGGGCCCGAGGUGGACAUCUGGGCCCUGGGGUGCGUGAUGGCCGAGCUCCUCACCGGCGGCGAGCCCCUGUUCACGGCGACCACGGAGGAGGACAUGAUCACGAUGGGGGUGGAGGCGUUCCACGGGAUGGUGGAGCUGUCGGUUGCCGGGCGCGAGGUCCUUGCUGGCCUUCUGGCCUUCCACUCCGAGGAGAGGCUCACCGCGGCGGACGCGCUCAAGCACCGGCGGAGGAGGAUGCGGAGGCGAUGUCCCCUGCGGCUGCCGAAGCGGAGCUCCCUGGCUUUGUGCCGUCGUUCUCUGAAGCGUAGGAGAGUCCAGUAG